UUUGUUUCUGCGAAAUCGAAAAUCGAAUAUUCUUCGCCACGUUGAAUAUGUGAACAUUUUUUUAAUUUUACUAAUAUUGUGAGUGUUUCUCCGUCGAUUUAAACUGAUAUUGUUUGAGGCAAUACAUGCGGAAAUGUAAAGUGUCUGCAAAUUAUUUCUUAUCCUAAAAAGUUGAAAUGGCAGGUAGGCGGUUGUGUGCUUGGGUGUGUGAUUCAUUCAUAUCUGGUCAUGUUUUUAGUCCUAUUGCUACAUGUUUGAUGCUUCAUAUUUUGUUCUCUCUACAAGUUCAAAUAUCUAAACGACAAUUUUUUGUUACAUCGCUAGGAAGAGAAAACAAGCAAGCUUUUGUGAGUCUUGCAACAAAUAAUGGUUAUGCACUGGGUGCACUGGUUCUUGGUCAUUCUCUGAGAUCUGUCAACACAAACCGCCAGCUGGCUCUCAUGAUUACCCAGGAAGUUGAUUCUCAAGUUAGGUAAGAUAGCAUAGUUAUUUAUUACUACAAUCUUAGCCAGAAACUCUGCGACAGGUUCUGUACGUAAUUUCAUUGUUUGAAUGGCGUAGUGCCCCCCGCCCUUUUCCCCGCCCUUUUCCCCUUUUCUUGAAACAGGGGGUACCACUCCAACUUCCCAGCACCAUUGUAAUAAAACUUAUAUCUCCUAUUUGUGAACCUGUCCUCUUUUCUGUAAAAAAGGUGUGAAAUUAAAAUGAUAUGAUUUGAUCAGUAUAAACUUAGAACUAAAACAUUUAAUUACCAAAUUCUAAACACCAUUGGUCACCACCAAGACAAUCUUAGCCAGAAGCUAUUGGACAUGUGCUGUAAUUUCAUAUAAUUUCAAAAGUGUAGUGCCCCAUCCCCCCAUUUCAAUGUUGGCUGACGAAAGUCAGAUGUCUGGUUGUGAGAUGCCAAAAUUGACAUGGGGAGAUGGAAAAAAUGUAUCACAAAAUGGUAUAUUACAACCAAAUGCAUGUGAAAACUAGAUUGUCCCAAUCUAUAUUGUCAAAGAUUAUAGGUUAUCUGAAAAAUAGUGAAUGCUGCCUUUAGGAAAUGUGGCCCCAUGUACAGUGUGCACAUUUGACAUGCAGGUUUGACUACAUCGUAGGCAUCUGAUGCUGGUAAUGACAAUAAACUUGACAUCUCAUUAAUUAAUUAUGGAAUUCAUUGUAUUCUUCACCAGACAAGUAAAUAGAGAGGAACUAAGAGCCUAGUGUUAGUUUAGUUUUGCUUUCAGGCUGGACAGGCUGUCCAUGCAUGCAUUGAAAUAGUUGAUAAAAAUGCUCUAAUUUCAUUUUCAGACAAGAGUUACUUGGUAUUUGGGAUCGUUUAAUAGUGGUGGAUGUACUUGAUAGUGAAGACAGUGCAAACUUGGCUUUACUUCAGAGACCUGAUCUUGGAAUCACAUUCACUAAAUUACAUGCUUGGAAAUUAGUUGAAUAUGAGAAAUGUGUAUUUCUUGAUGCUGAUACGUUGGUGUUACAGAAUGUUGAUGAUCUUUUCAAUAGACCAGAAAUCUCAGCAGCCCCAGAUAUUGGCUGGCCUGAUUGUUUCAAUUCAGGUGUUUUUGUCUUUGUUCCAUCGAUACAAACACAUGAAGCUCUCAUUGCUCAUGCAUUAGCAGUUGGAAGUUUUGAUGGUAAGAGUAAUUAAGUAUUGUUUGCCUCCAAUUAUAUAGUCAUCCAAUAUCGGUUUUGUUGGCAACAUGGUUAAAUUUCUCUCUCCUCCGCAGAGGCUUUAGUGAAAUGUAUCUCAUCGUAAUAUUAAAUCCUAAGAAAACUAAAGCCUCUGCGGAGGAGAGAGGUUAAAUUUUAUUAGCAGGAUGCUCUGCAUGCAGACUUAAAAUACACCAGAAAUUAUGUCAGCCAUGUUAGCAUGCAUGGAACUUCGUUUCGUGAUUGGUAUGUUGGAUUUAUUAACCGAUGUAAUACUGUACACACUUCCAGAAAGUGCAUCACCUUGGCUAUAGAGCCUUGUUCUUCUGGCGCUUGGCUCUAACUAAUGUCAUGCAUAUACACAAACUUAUAUUUAGCUCAUGUAUCAGUAAUAUAACCUUAUAAAUAAGAAUGGGCAUUGGUCCCAGACAAUUUUUUGAGUUCCCAGGAAAUAUUUCCCCAAGAAAGAAAAAUUGUAAGGAGAAUUUCAGAGGAAAAUUCAUACCAUGACCUCAGAAAUGCAAUUUUAAGUGGAUCCAUCAGUUAGUAGUGUGAUAGUGUAUAAAUAUUGCAUGGCAAAUGCAUUUUAGCCAAUCUGGGACACCUGUUCAAAAUUUUCUGGGGGAGGAUGGAUCUCCAUGAUAGUGUCCCCAGUAGUGCCCUAGCUUUUUUGGCAUCAGUAUUUAUUCUUAGGAUCAACCCUUGGUGCAUGUUAUCUAAAUUAGUUUUAUGUUAUAUUUUAAUUAAGAUUCUUGAGCAGUGAAGGCCCUGACUGACUAUCAAGUUGCUAUAAAUUUACUAUCUAUGGUUUUGUGCAACUACCAAUAUUUGUCAUUCUGGCUCCCACCAAAAACGAAUAUUCUCUGGGUUGACUUGGAAGCCAAACUAAUUGAAGUCCAGACUGCAGAGUUGGACACUUUUCGAUGAGAUGUUGGGUGUGCAAAUGUUAGAAAAUUGAAGUGGAGGUGCGCAAAACAGUUCCCAAGUGCGCACCAAGAUGCAGUCAAGGGCACAAAAAUAUAGCGAGAUACAUGUUAAAAACAAUGCAAAUUAGAGAUUUGAGGGCAGAUUAAAUUGCAAAAAUUGUUAUAAAGUACAGUAGUGUAGCCAGCCCGAUGAUUUAGUCCCGCUAUGCAAAUAUUUUCGUGUUCACUGACUGUGAAAACAAUCAAUUUCUAAAGAAAUGAAUAAUGAUAAUAAUUUUGAAUUUGCAUAGCGGGACUAAAUUGUCAGGCUGGCUACGCCACUGAUAAAGUACACCCCAGGUGCACUGAAGUUUCUGCCUAAUAAUUAUUGAGUGUAACGUUGACCAACUCUGCAGUCUGGAUUGAACCCAAAUAUGGGCAUAGGUGUCUUGCUAUAGAAGUGACUGCAAGAAGUCACUAUGGGCAUAGGUGUCUUGCUAUUUAAGUUGGAAUUGUGAAAGUAUGUUCAAUCAGGGCACUAAUGUGAUGUAACAUCUGAUGUGCAGAGUUCAUCAUAACAAUGUGCUGAUUGUGUUAUGUGUUUGAUUAGGAGGAGAUCAAGGUCUUCUAAAUUCUUAUUUUAACAACUGGUUGCAUCUUGGUCCUGAGCAUCGCUUACCUUUUGUUUAUAACCUCCAUUCCAACUCCAGUUACACUUAUUCACCUGCGUUUAAAAGGUAAAUCAUUUAACAAUUUACUAAUGCUCAAGUUUUAUAUGCAUACAACUUCACAGACAUCUGCAUGCUGUACAAUGACAUCAUUAAGUGAAUACAGCCUCGUUAUACAUUGUUGCAUGCAUGCAUGCACUAUAUGCAUGUAGAAGCACUAGAUUCAUGCACUAAAUGCAUGUAUUAACCUACCCAAAGUGAUUAUGCAAUUACUUUAUGGUUUCCGUGUUUGGAUGACCUGAUCCAAACACGCGGGAAUGUUGCGAGAGUUAAGAAAAGCGCGCGAUACACGAGUGAUUUUGCGCGCUUUUCUUAACUCGAGCAACAUUCUCAAGUGUUUGGAUCAGGCCAUCUAAAAACGGAAACCAUAAAGUAAUUGUUUUAUAAAAUAACAACAACACGAUAGUCUUCCGUGUUUCGAUGGCCUGAUCCAAACACGGGUUUCGACCAAUCAGAGCACGUGUUAUAUACAUGUUAUUUUAUAAGUCAAAUUCAUCAAUAAACAUUGAUUACGAUAGCAAGUAAAGCGAAACUAAUGUCACUACAAUUAUUAUUAGAUUUAUUACAGUGAUUCUACCUUUCCCGCGGUUAUAAGAUGCACGAGCAUGCCUCCUCUGCAGUCUUUUAUUUUGGCACAUACUGAUUCAAUGGCAUACAGUAUAUAAACCAGUGGUUGGAAAAGGAGACUUGAAAUCAUCAGCCAGGGGCUUACAAGAAAUUAUAAAAAAAUAAAAAAAAUAUUUAACAGUAUGAUGUAAUAAAAUAUUUUAUUAUAUUAAAAGGUUCGGCAACGACGUGAAGAUAGUCCAUUUCAUUGGUCGUAAGAAACCUUGGCAAUAUACUGUUAACUUGGAAACUGGUAAAGUUAUUCAUGACCAUGGUAUUAUUUCAGUGACAUCUUCAGAACGUUUUAUUCAACAAUGGUGGGAUGUUUACAAUGAAAUUGCUGCACAUCGUAUAACAGUAAGGCAUUCAUUUCCUUUUCUUUUAUGUUAAACAUUGUUUAGUUCUACUGAUGUCACUUUAAUAAUAGAGAGGUUCAGAUUUUAUUAGGUUUAUAAAAAGGUAUAUGGUUUUCAUGAAAUUCACCCUUGAUACAGUAGCACGCCGAUAUGUUUCCCAACGCUGAAUAAUUCCCAGCUCAUAGUGUAACGGUUUUGGCCAAAUUCUUUGAUGGUGUCAGUUCAAUGCGGCAGCACCGCUGCCAGCAAAUCUUUGAUAAAAUACAGUACAGGAAAUUUUCUUACAUCCGGCAGGAAAUUUUUGUCAGGAAAUUUUCUUACAUCCGGCAGGAAAUUUUUGUCAUCUUAUAUAUUAAAAUACCAUAAAAUUUGCUUGUUGAUUUAAACUUCCAAAGGUAUUUUUGAAAUCAAUUUGCAACACUGCACGUAUGUAUAUGUAGGUUGUGGAUCAGGUACCGAGAGUACGUCCUCAAGGAAGCUUCGAUCAAACACUACUCCAGAUAGGAUCUGAUUCGGAAGACUCGGAAUAUUCAGAAAGUGACAGUAUACAUGAGCUAGAGACAUUAACAGGAAGAUUCAGGACUCAGGACGACCAGCAUGGUCCACAUAAUUUUAUUAUUGCACCUGUAAUACCCCACCUGCACUAAUACCUAAUCAACAUUCUGACGAAAGGUAAAAUGAAUAUAAUCAUUCGUACAUAAUCUAUCAACUAUCAACACCUUCACUAACUUCACAGGUGCUGUACUUGUUUGCUGUAGAGUUAUGGGAUUAAUCACUCAAACUUCCACAUGUAAUACAACGUAUUUACGUGUUUAUAAUGUACAAUACUUCUUGUUUCUACUCUUUCGUGUUAAUACAUAAUAACCUCACUAACAACAUAAUAAUCACAUGCAUUGUCAUUAGCUGGUGCACAAUUAUUCAAGCAAAUAGCGUUAUUUUAGGUAGUAUUAGAAUUGCGAAUAUAAGUUGGUGUCCACAUUGAAGUCACAUGUACAUUGUAACCUAUAUAGAAACUGAAUAUUGAAGUUAAUGUUGGAAAAACAUUUCGUGUCCGAAUGUGAGAAAAGAACACUGCAAGGUUUUGCUAUUAAUCACCAGACCAAAAACCGUUCUCAGUCCUACCUUUAUUAAAAUUAUAUUUUAUUUUUACAGCGAGUAUUGAUAAAAAGCGGAUGUUUUGAGUGUGGUUUUGUCUUAAAAACCUAUACGAGUGAAUGAUCUUUAAUUUAAUGUCUUUAAUCAGUUGGAUGUUUGUAUGAUGGAUUUGUCUAGAAGUAAACGGUUAGGGUAUCUAUGAAGAUAAUCAAAGAUUUGUAAGUGAUCAAUUGACUAUCAAACAAUGAAAUCAAUAUUUGACCCACAUGUAUCCAGGGUCUUAGCUAGAGGGCCGUGUUGGCCGUGUUAUCGCGGCCAAAAGUGGCAGAACACGGCUAGAUAAAAUGAACGCGGCUUCAUUAUUUAUAUAAGGCCGUGUAGGUUCAUAAAAUAAGGUGAUGCUACAGUACUUACAACACACAGAAUUUCUUCCAAUUUACGAAAUGUGAUCCGUGAUGUUUUAAUGUUUUGAUGGAUAAUGGGAACUGUAUGGUGUUAAAAUGGUUUUAAAUGUCCCCAAGAGUUGCUGAAAUAACUUAAUAUUCUAAUGUCACUGCGCAGUAUGAGCGUAUGCUCGUCUUGAAUUUGGUUGCAAAGCAUAGAACAGCCACAGGCAUUGUCUGUUGUUGGCGAGUAUAACUAGAACCGUGAAUUUAGCUACUCAAAGUAAUUGACAUGUGCACACCCUGGUCAUUAGAAACACGCCCAAGAUCUCAAAUCCUAGCUAAGACCCUGCAUGUAUCCCACAUUGCAUUGCGCAUACCUAAUGUUUAGAUGGAUUGCGUGACUUAAGCACUUCUAGGGUCAAUUAUGGGUCUUCAGCUUUACAAUUCAAGUCAAAGAGAUUACAGUACUAUCAUUCAUAUUAUCAACCGAUUCUUAUUUUUUGUGAUAUAUGUUCUUUUUACAGUCCCAUGAAAUCAAUCAAAUUACAAGCAACGUUGGUAAUCUUCAAUUUCGUAGUUUCACUGAAGAAUCACAUGCCACUGCUGUGACGUCAUCUCAAGACUCGUUAGGCCGAUGGCGAUGGGAGUAUGGUCAAAUAGACUAUGGUGGUGUUGACAGCUUUGAAAACAUUCAACGAAGAUUGGAUGAAACUCUUUCUUGAAUUGAAUACGAAUAUUCACUUGAUUACUAAACAACACGAUUUCAUGGUUGUUCACGCCAUAUAUAGUAGAUUAUGGUGUAAUUAAGGUGCCUGGAAGGGGGUGGCCAACUACUUAACUCGCGCUUAUCGAUACAAUAGGUCACAAUAGGUGACAGAGGUAGAAGACUCGAUCUAAACGGCCCAUUCAGGGACGUUUGUAGAUACAGUCGAUUUCACAAAACGUUUGCCAAAAUGUUCCAAACUUCGUUCCGAAGUUCGCAACUUCACAAAUCGGUUUGCGAACUUCGGGACGUUUUGGCAAAGGUUUUGUGAAAUCGACUGUAAAAGUCUACGUUCGUUGACGAGUGUUGCCACGCAGCUGAAUCUUAUCAAAAGUUUGUAGCAAUAAGCUUUAUUAAUUUGAUAAGUAUUCGCAUCUGAUUUGUAUAUGCAAUAUGCAUGGCAAUUGCAAAGGCCUACCACUAAUACUUUUACCCGACAAAGUAUAUUAAAUAUCAAAAUAUUAUUGUCGCAGUUGAUCAGUGAAGCCAUGUGCAUGUAAGUCAUUUAUUUGAGCUAUACGUUUGCACUGUACAGUACCAUUCGAAUUAAUGUGCUGGAAUUACUGUAUGAAAUUCAAGUGUAUGAAAUUCGCGUGGUACUUGCUCAGUCUUAGAUUACAAGUAAGGUAUGGAUUGCAAACAUUUAAAAUUUAUAAUUUGUAUGGCUAUAGUUAACGUUUACUGCACCGCCCUAACUCUUUCGAACGGUCUUAAUAUGGCGUCAAUUACCUUGAAAUAGUAUGCAUAUAAUAAACUUAACCUUGCCCUAUAGCGACUACUUAGUAAUUAUAUUCCAAAAACAAUAAUAUUCAAUAUGUAUAUAUACAAUCUCGGUAUAUAUAUAUGAUAUAUUUAGGGAGUCAUAGAUGGUGUAAAACUAGAAGACAUGUGAUUAUAGAAAAUAAAAUUUUGUGG